AUGUCUCUGGACGACAGCAUGGCAGUUGGCAACAGCGGUGGGGAAGCUACGCUUACUGGGAAUUACAGCACUGUACCUCGAAUUCCGCUUCCUCAAAUGAAUGAAGACAGUAUCGAGGCCUAUUUCUACGCUUUAGAAUUUUGGUUUCAGGCGUCGCUCGUAUAUUCCGACACUAGAAAAUUUCACAUAGUGUUGGCGAGCCUUCCGCCAAAUAAACUUCUGGAGCUAAAGCCAAUCAUAGAAGCAGCGCCUUCCAUUGAAAAAUUCAAAUACAUUAAACAAAAGCUAACUGAUCAUUUCACCGAUAGUCAGCAACGACGCUUGCAAAAAGUUUUAAAAGACAUGCCCCUGGGUGACCGAAAACCCAGCGAGCUGUUUAGCGAGAUGAAGCGUGUUGCCGGCACCACCCUCAAUGACAGUUUGUUGAACGAUUUGUGGGUAACGCGUCUCCCACCGUACGUACAAGCAGCGGUAAUCGCAGCGAAAGUGCCGCUCGACGAAAAAGCACAAAUUGCCGACUCCAUCGUGGAAUCCAUCGGUUGGCAAAACGGUCAUGUAGACAUUGUAUCUGCAAAUAACGACAUUUCUAUCCUGAAGACCGAAAUCGCAGAAUUAACGCGCUGUGUGAAAAAGAACCUUAACUUUAAGAAUGACCGUAUUCGUUCAAGGUCACCUUCACGAACUAAAAGAGUACGACAUAGCGCACAACGUGAUACUUCGGAGAACUUUUGUUGGUACCAUCGAAAAUUUGCUGACAAAGCUACGAAGUGCCGUACUGGCAAGCAACCUGAGGUCGCCAACAACCACCGACUUCGUAUCUUUGACCCUUCGUCGAACAUUAGCUUUCUCAUCGAUACUGGCGCUGAUGUGUCCGUAAUACCGUCAAAUACGAAGACAGCUAGAGUCAACACCACCGGAUUGAAAUUGUUUGCCGCGAACGGCUCACCUAUUAAAGUAUACGGUGAAGUUCUAUUAAAAUUAAAUUUAAAAUUACGUCGCGAAUUCGUUUGGAAUUUUCUGAUCGCCGACGUCUCUCAUGCCAUUAUCGGCGCAGAUUUUUUGAGUAACUUCGGUAUUUUGGUAGAUCUCAAGCAGAGAUGUUUAUGUGAUAGCAAGACCGAUUUAAAAUCAGUUUGCACAAUUUAUAGAACACUUGGGGUAAGUGUUAAGACGAUCAACGCAGACACAAAUUUCGCCGAUAUUCUUCACGAAUUUGUAGAGAUCACCAGACCACCUCCAAUGGGCACGUCAACCAACUCCGCUGUAGCUCAUCGGAUUUUAACGAAUGGCCAGCCCGUUUUUUCGCGGCCACGACGACUCUCGCCAGAGAAAUUAACUGCAGCUCGAGCCGAAUUCGACUAUCUUCUAAAGUUGGGCAUUUGCCGUCCAUCCAGCAGUAACUGGUCCAGUCCACUGCACAUGGUGCGAAAAGCCGAUGGAACAUGGAGGCCAUGCGGGGAUUACCGAGCCCUUAAUGCACAGACAAUACCGGACCGUUACCCCUUACCGUUUCUGCAGGAUUUCGCAAAUGUGUUAGCAGGCAAUACAAUUUUUUCAAAAAUUGACCUACAGAAGGCAUUUCAUCAGGUGCCUGUACACCCCGACGACGUGUGCAAAACUGCUAUAACUACGCCAUUCGGACUCUAUGAGUUCACUAAGAUGACUUUCGGCCUUCGAAAUGCUGCCCAAACAUUCCAACGCAUAAUAAAUGAAGUAUUUCGUGGCCUUGACUUUGUUUUUACAUACUUAGACGACCGAAAUCGGAAUUUGGUGUUACGAAACUCGAAUUUUUGGGGCAUUCCAUCACGAAGGAUGGUAUUCGACCAUUAG